AUGUCCACCGGUCACGCCUACCAAUGGCUUACCGAGUCUCAGAAGGCUAAUAUUCUGGAAGUAUUCUUUUCCUACGAAUUCAACCAUUAUUUUAUAAAACUAGAACUCCCGAAUGGCUUUUUACAUUUCGACUAUAACUAUGAAUAUGGAUCUACCGUAGUGAGCUAUGAGCGAGAGAAGUUAUUGGUUGAAAAAGAAUUGGCUAAAGUGUUUUUGGAUGAUCUGGAAUUAAUUUUGAAGAAUCAAAAAUUGAAAUUAGGACAGUUACAUAUGCAAGUGAUGCCUAACAUCUUCCAAGAACAUUAUCAAGGACUCCAAGAAACUCUUAAUACCAUUUUUGAAAGACUAGAAGAGAUUUUGACGCAGAGAAGCGAGAAGUUGGUGGUUACCCAACUAUUCUUGUAUCCUUACACUGUUAAACAAGGAAUUUCAAUUUUAAAAUACCUGGAUCCCAAAGAAUUGACCUUUUUUGGAAUGCGCUUUUAUCAAGGAGUCGAGGCAUCUGAUAUGGAGAAUGUUCUAGAAUUAGUGGAAUGGAACAGAAAGAAGCGAAUCUAUUUUGAAUUAUUGAUUUUUUCAAUUACCUUGGAGCACUUGGAAGUUAUCAAAAAGGAAUCUCACAAAAUCACAUUUGAUCUUGAGGGGGCAGAUUCAGAGGAAGGAGAAACAGUGGAAGAGGGUUUUGAGAAUCUCACCCUAGAAAAUACCAAUGUUAGGAAGGCGUUGGAAAAUUAUGUUGUUCUGAAAAAUGUGCUGAACGAAUUGCAGCUUUUUGAUAUUCAACACCUCCGAAAAGUGAACCGAGGUAUUCGCUGGUUGAUAGAUGCUCAUCUACACCCGAACCCCCACAUCACAAAAAUUGAGCUCAUCUUUUGCCAUAUCAUCGAAUUACGAUCGAUAAUCGAGUUGGCGGAUAGAUCAACAAGAACUUUUAAAUAUCUAAUAUUGGCUAACGAAAAAUCUCAAUUGUUCCAAGAUUUUCAAGUAAACAUGAGCAAUCAAACAGGACCAUUGGAAGUGCUAAGAAUCAAAAAUCUGAUUCCAAAUCCUUGUAAGAAAAUUGAUAAAUUAUUUGUUGAGCUCCAGACAUUGCUCAGAUUAAAAAUGAUAAGAACGGAGAAGUUGGUUUUGGAAAAUGUGUCUUACAAGAAUCUAAUGGCAGUUGUUCCAUAUGUAAACUUUGAAAAUUUACAAAUCGAAAAUCAAAAGGAUUUUGAUAUUGAUUUUCUGGAAAUUUCAACUUUGGAUCAGUGGAAAAAAGCGAGGGAAAUUCAAAUUUCUGGAAUUCGGAUCAAGCAACCAAUUAAAGAAAUCGAUAUUAUCAAUUUUAGCAAUUUGGAGAUUUGUGUAGAGUCCUUGAAUUCAGAAGACGUGGAGUAUUUGAAAACGAAUCUCCUAUUAUUGAAUUCUUUUCAAAAAUUCAAAAUUUUAUUUCAAACAAAUGCAAUCGAUGGAUCAUUGCACAUCCUUAUCGGGGAGCCCUACCGUAUCAUUACGGUAUCUAAGAAGAUUUGGUAUUUCCGGAUUCCGAAUUCAUAUCAAUAUAUGCAUCUACUAUUGGAUACUGAUGAAAAAUUAGACAUUUAUAAGCAACCAAUUCCCAAAAUGAUUGUAUUUUCCCGGGUUGAAAAGGGAGACACUCCUUUUGCCUAA